GUCCCAGUAAGUGCAAGUUAGUGUUCUGUAUAAAUAUCUGUUUGGAUUUCCGUCUUUCUGUUAAAGAACCGAGUGAGCUCUGUUCUACCAUCUGCACGUCCACCAAGUUCCUGUCGUCACUGAAGAUGAAGUUAGCUGCGCUGGUAUUUCUGGUUGCUGUUGGAAUCGCCUUCAAUGAUCUGGGCUCAGAGGCUCUCACACCUCACCAAGUCAUACAAGCUCUUAUGGGCGGUGCUCCUCCCUACUGGAAAGUGAUGUUUGCUUUAGACAGCAGCGGCAGCAUAAGUAACUCUGAGUGGACGUGCUCCAAAUCUUCGACCAUUAACAUCCUUACCAUCAUCGACAACACUCCUGGCCCGAAUAGUAUAGCACCUUUGAAACAUAGGAUCGGUCUGGUACGCUUCUCUACCUGGGCACAGCUCAUCUUCGCCCUGGGGACUCACCCGUUCUACCCACAGAAUGCUGCGGCUAUUGCCGCCGUGCCGAAAGGGUCGGGUGGUCUGACGAAUGUAAAUCAUGCUUUGGCGUUGUGUAGUAUUCAGCUCGGUGCCUCUGGAAAACGCCUAGUCUGGAUAAUGACUGAUGGGGGCUAUAAUUAUGGGGGUGACCCGAGGCCCAGGGCAAAUGUUAUGAAAAGGAAAGGAAUAAUAAUUUGCGUCGUGGCUGUUGGCGACAAUGUCAACUGGACUGUGAUCAACGACAUUGCCUCUUGGGUGUAUAUCCCGAGCCUCCGUCGUUGGGUGAAAUGCGUUAUGAGGUACCACACCUGUGCGGCCUAUUAUCGUGCGUCACUGAUAUAUUAUCCUACACUGCCACGGGUGAAUCAAACAACAGUAAUUCCCGUUACAAAGGCUGCUCCCUAAAUAUGCAGACAGGAGUCCAGCUGCAAAUGUUUGUUUCCGUUAAUUCCUACGAUAUUUGGAACUGAGUAUCACAAGAUGUGAAUGUAUUUAUUAUGACUUUACUGACGAAUUUAUGUUUUCAGAGUUAAACAUAGAAAUGAAACAUGUUCAAAACCUGUCACUUUUCAAUUUGAGAGCAUUAGCAGUAAAUCAAGAAAUUUGCACAUGUAUAACUUCCUUCUGUCCCUAUGUAAUUUAGUGUACACCAGUACACACUGAGCAAUUUGAAUAAAACACUAUAGGAGCUUAUAACUAUUA